CCGGCCGGCAGAGCGCGCUGCGGAGCGGGCCGGGCCGAGCGGCUGCGGAGGCGGACGGCGCGCGGGACCGAGGGCCGCCGGGGACGUGGCAGCCGCCCUGCCCGCCAGAAAGUUUCCCGGAGUCGGCCGCGCGCGGGAGCGGGCCGGGCGCGCCGCGCCAUGAACGUGUUCCGCAUCCUCGGCGACCUGAGCCACCUCCUGGCCAUGAUCCUGCUGCUGGGGAAGAUCUGGAGGUCCAAGUGCUGCGCGGGCAUCUCUGGGAAGAGCCAGAUCCUUUUCGCUCUCGUCUUCACUACCAGGUACCUGGACCUGUUCACCAACUUCAUCUCCAUCUACAACACAGUCAUGAAGCUGGUGUUCCUCCUCUGCGCCUAUGUCACGGUGUACAUGAUCUAUGGGAAAUUUCGGAAAACGUUUGACAGCGAGAAUGACACGUUCCGCCUGGAGUUCCUUCUGGUCCCAGUCAUUGGCCUCUCCUUCCUUGAGAACUACAGUUUCACUCCCCUGGAGGUCCUCUGGACUUUCUCCAUCUACCUGGAAUCGGUGGCCAUCCUGCCCCAGCUCUUCAUGAUCAGCAAGACCGGAGAGGCCGAGACCAUCACUACCCACUACCUGUUCUUUCUGGGCCUGUACCGGGCCCUCUACCUGGCUAACUGGAUCAGGCGGUACCAGACUGAGGGCUUCUAUGACCAAAUUGCAGUGGUGUCUGGAGUGGUACAAACCAUCUUCUACUGUGACUUCUUCUACUUGUAUGUGACCAAAGGUAGGUGCUGGGAGAACACAGCAGUGUUGCUGGCACCUGCCAUUCAGUUCCUUAAAGGAAAGAAGUUAAGUCUUCCAAUGCCAAUUUGAGGGCCCUCAAAGAACAAGGAUAUGAAGCCAACUAUUUGAGAUGUUCUAUCAAGCAACUUAAUACAGGACUCAGACCAAAUGUUAAAAUUAAAGCCAGAAAACUGUUCAGUGUGCAUGGAUUUCAGCAAAGCACUGAUCAUUCUAUCUAGAAGACCUCAUCAAUAAUACCUCUCUUACAGAGGUAACACUUGGGCCAAUUACAUAAAAAUGGUGACAUUUGACAUUCUAAUGUCAACAGGAACAUCAAACCUUAGUUGGCUAACUCACACAUGGGUCAAAUAAACUACGGCCUCUAAGGCCCUCGUGUGAAGCAAAGAUGUCCCUCUGAGUACAAAGCACCAAAUUUACAAGCUCUGGCAAGACUUAGUUUCAUGCUCACCUUUAAAAUCAACUCAGGUCUUACUGUGGCUCAUGGUAGUUCCACACUCAGCAUACUUUAACCCAGUUACAAUCUUAGGUCAGUACUGUUAGCAUGACGACCAUUUACUGAUGAGGAAACAUACCCAAGCCCCUUUACCCUACUAGGUCUUGUUUUUUGCUUUGUGACUCAAAUUUGCAUUAACACCAAUCAAUCCCACCUCCCUUUCACAUUUUUAGGUGCUAAUAACUAAGGCAAUUUCCAUCCCAACCCGUCUUGAAGCAAAUAAAAAAAUGUAAGAGGACCACCAUUGGCUAUAGUCACAAUUUUUAAGUAAUAAAAAGCUCACACUUUA